AUGUCACCGCCCAUGGAAGCACGUGUGCAAGCAAAGCUUGAUGCAGACAUCACCAACAGCAAUCUUCAGGGCAUCAAAAAUUUUUACAAGUCAGCAGACCCAGAAAAACAAUCCAGUCUACUUGCAGACAUAGCUGCACGCGCUGCAGCAAAAGCACAGGUUGAUAUACUUGACUGGGUCUUCAGUGAGGGCUUCCAGCCCCCCCCUGACUCAUUGAAUGAUGAGUUCUACCACCAGGCUUGCCUCGCGCAGUCCCUUGCUGUGUGGAAGACACUUGUCAAGAAUGGCUUUAAUCUCAAUGGGCAUCACAGCGAAUUUUUUGGUGAUGCACUGAGCCUGGAAGCAUACUGCGGCAAUGUUGGGAUUAUACGCUUCCUUCUGGAGAAUGGACAAGACCCCAAUGAUGCAUGGGGGAGCUAUGAUGAUCUUGAACCAGGUGUGGCAGCAUUAGUUGGCGAGAAGCCAUCUUUGGAGAUCCUCCAUCUGAUGCUUCAGCAUGGAUGGAACCAGAAAAGAAGCGCCGCACACAUUGCGGCUGCUGAACUUGGCAAGAUGGAGGCGCUAAAGUUACUGGUGGAGCAUGGUGCUGACCUUGAGGAAGCUAGUGGAUGGUGGCCCAAUUGUGGUAUAAUUGAAGCUGAUAAAUGGGGAACUGCAUUGUAUCGCGCAGCUUACAAGGGCCAGAAAGAGCCUGUGGUAUAUCUGCUAGGCAAGGGCGCUAACAUCUGGUUCAAGGAUGACAAGGGGCGAUCUAUCUUGUGGGCAGCGAAGCAGGGAGGAAAUGAGGAGGUGAUUGAGUUGUUGAAAUCUGCUGGGCUUGAAGAAGAAUAA